AUGUCGUCAACCACAUCGGACGAAGCUGCCGCCACAGAAGCACUCAAGAGUUGCCCUACCAUCCGGCUUCGGAACGGUAUGGAGCAUCCUGCAAUAGGUUUCGGAACCUACAAAGUAGGAUUUAUUCCAGCGUCUGCUAAAUGCGUCAGCGACGCUUUGAAAGUCGGCUAUCGCUUUCUAGAAUGCGCCGAGUUUUAUGGAAACGAAGCCGAAGUAGGCAAAGCCAUUGCUACAUCAGGGGUUGAACGAAGCGACUUAUUCCUUUGCUCCAAGGUGUGGACCACGACCAUAGAAAAGGGUCGGGAAGCCAUUUCCAAGCAAUUGGAAAAGACUCUGGCAGACUUGCAAACGGACUACCUAGAUUUGUAUUUGAUCCAUUGGCCCGUUCCUGGGCAUCACGUUCAAGCGUACAAAACACUCGAAAUUAUGCUAGAGGAGGGAAAGAUUCGUGGGAUUGGUGUUUCGAACUACGCUCUGGAAGAUUAUCUGGAGCUGAAGGAGGCAGGAAUUAAGCAUCUGCCGUUGGUCAAUCAAAUCGAAAUCAACCCUUUUCUGUAUCGGAAAAGCACGAUCUCAGCAUUUCAGCAAGAAGGAGUUGUUCUGCAGUCCUAUCGAAGUUUACGAGAUGGCAAAGCGUUUGAUGAUGGGGUGCUCAAGGAGAUCGCCAACGCUCGACAGAAGUCACCGGCGCAGGUCCUCGGUCGAUGGUGCGUUCAACACGGAUUUGUCUACGUCCCCAAGUCGGUCAAGAAGUCUCGUAUGAUAGAAAAUGCCAAUGUUUUUGACUUCGAGCUGUCUGUAGAAGAAAUGACUAGAUUGGAUGCCUUGACGACGCAAAAUGCUAUUGAGACCUUCAAGGGGCUAUACCAGAAAUGCGUUAAUCGAGAUACAAGCAAGGACGGAACCUUGGAGGGUGUCAAGAUGAAUAUAACCGCUGACUAG